AUGAAGUUUUUUGUGGUUGGUAUUUUCUGUCUGCUUUGCACAGUUGUCUGGGCAGAAGGUGAUGUUACACCGGCCAAUGAGGAAGAUGCAGACCCAGAAGUUGUGUCUAUUAAAAUAUUUACCUAUGAAGACGACACCUAUGGAAUAGGCUUAUAUGAAAAGGUGAACUGGCAUCAGGCCGAACUCCUUUGUGCAUCCCAGAGCUCUACGUUAGUUAGCCUUACGUCAGAAAUUCUUUACAAUGGGAUAUUAGAAUGGAUUCGAUCUAUGGCCAAUGACGAUUUGCCCACAAUUGCUGAGGACCCUAUAUGGACUUCUGGAAACAAUUUGGGAGACGGCUCCCUGUAUUAUUGGCAGGGCACUGGAGGACCCGUUUAUUACAACAAUUUCAGGAAUAAAUCGUAUUCUCAUUCAGCUUGUAUUGGAUUUAAUGCUGGGACUGGCUACUGGACUGAGCAUGAGUGUAGAGAAUCGCAUUAUUUCAUGUGUCAAAAAUAUUCCAAGCAAAUAUGCUAACAACACAAACAUUAUAAGAAUUCAUUUAGACUGUCGUCAAAUGAGUAAAAUUUCGGCAUUUUAAAAAAUAAUAAUAAUAAUAAUAAUAAUCCCAAUUGCGAUCC